AUGGUAUGGCAACUGAAGCAUCCCAAUUUGGUCAAUCUUCUGGAGGUCUUCCGGAGGAAACGAAAGCUUCACUUGGUCUUUGAAUAUUGUGACCAUACAGUCCUUCAUGAGCUCGACAAGAAUCCACGUGGGGUUCCAGAACAUCUUGUGAAAAGCAUAACUUGGCAAACUCUCCAAGCAGUGAAUUUUUGUCACAAACACAAUUGCAUACACAGAGAUGUAAAACCAGAGAACAUUCUCAUAACGAAGCAUUUUGUCAUUAAGCUCUGUGACUUUGGAUUUGCUCGCUUAUUAACUGGGCCCUGUGACUACUAUACAGAUUAUGUGGCUACCAGGUGGUAUCGUUCUCCUGAGCUCCUUGUAGGUGACACACAAUAUGGCCCUCCUGUAGAUGUCUGGGCUAUAGGCUGUGUCUUUGCUGAACUUCUUUCUGGCAUCCCUCUCUGGCCUGGAAAGUCUGAUGUGGAUCAACUUUACUUAAUCAGGAGGACAUUAGGUGAUCUCAUUCCCAGGCACCAGCAAGUCUUCAGCACAAACCAGUUCUUCAGUGGGGUGAGGAUACCCGACCCAGAAAGCAUGGAGCCACUAGAAAUGAAAUUCCCCACUAUUUCCUAUGCUGCUCUGGCACUAAUGAAGUUACAGUAUCUGCCCCAAUUAACCAGCAGCAACAUUUUACCUGCUUUGGAUAACAAGAAGUACUACUGUGGAACAAGAAAACUCAACUACCGUUUCCCAAACAUCUAAAAAAAAAAGGAGAUGUCACAUCUAGUCCAUUCUGUGUCUUCUUGUGUUCCCAACUAUGAAAAAAAAACCUUGGAAGACAAUUACAGUAUCUACACUGGCAUCAGCUAAAACAAACCAUAAUGUUCUGGCUGAAAAGUGACAAACCUUGGGAAGGAAAUGUGUCGAAUGCGCAAAAAGACACAUACAUACACAAAAUGUGUCAACGAAAGGUUUGAAAUAAUUUAUCAGAGUUCAUCAGGAAAAUGGUAUUUGGGCCUCUUGAAAAAUUGUAUCUCUUAACUUGUAAUUUAUACUUUGUGAGGCAAGAAUUCUUGCCCUCUGCUGCAGCGGGAAUUGGUGGAGGAGAUCCAUACAUGCCAAAUAUAUUUCAUUCACAAAAUCCCCUUGUGUCAAAGCAGGAGAGAACCCCGGGUCUUAUACUAGAGAUGUAGCUAGUUUCCUUGGCAGGCUGAACCUGCAGGCUCUUUGUGCAAGCAGGGUGGAGGGUUGGCUUUGGAGGUUACAGACGAGAACCAGAAAUGCCUGGAUUCGAACUUUUUCUUUGUCCCUGUUUUUGCAACAAAAUGUAAAGAAGAUCUUUAAUUAAACAUUUUGUUUCUUUCAAUUGUAAUCAAUGUUAUUUUUACCUAGAAUAACUAGAAAUAAAAUAAAAUUUUAAUAUGUA